AUGUUGCCAUUUGAACUAAUUGAAGAUACAUUAUUUGAUCAAAAUAGUAAUUUAAUUGGACAUAUUACAUCUAGAUUAUGUCAAAACAAUUCGAUAAAUAUGGACAGAGAUAUUCUCCUAAAACAACAAUAUGAAGCUCUCGAUAAUAUACAGGAAGCUCAAAUCACUCAAAAGGAAAAAUAUAACAAAAAUAUUAAAAUUAACAAAUUAAAAAUAGGUGACAAAGUUUUA